GCCCCGAGGGUUUCUUUCUUUCGUCCAGUCGACCGCGCCUCGUCCGCUCGCUCGCUUUCCAGCGCUUCCACAUUUGCUCGUGUGCUCGUGCUUCGACGAGAGGCGAUGGAGGGCAAGGUAGGCACCGGAGAUUUCUUCGCCAAGACCGACGCGUACCGCAAGCAUCCCAUGCUGAAUAACAACUUGCGUCGGGCAACUCCGGGGCUCGGAAUCGCCAUCGUGCUCUUCGGAGGCUAUCUUUUCGUGGAUGGAAUGCGAGCUAAGUUGAGCAAGAAAUCCGAGCACUGAUCUGGGACAUUUUACCAGAAGCAUUGAGAGUAGCGGUUUGAAGCCGAAGUUGGUAUAUAGAUAGGAAAAACAGAGAGGCGUGUAGGUUUGUGAACCAUGGCACCCAAUAAUGGAGCUGGAAAUGAUGCUCCCAAGCAUGGAGAGGAAUGGCAGCAUACGGCGUUGCUUAUCGUGGAUAUGCAGAAUGACUUCAUUCAAGCUGGGGGUCCUUUGCAUGUCGCUGGAGGAGAAGCGGUUGUGGCCGAAGUGAAGAAGGCUGUGAUAAUCGCUCGUGAGAAGGGUGCUCACGUCAUUUGGGUGGUCAGAGAACAUGAUGCAAGUGGACGGGAUGUAGAGCUGUUUCGCACUCAUCUUUAUCCGGAUGGAGUAGUUGGACCCACAGUCAAGGGUACUUAUGGAUGUCAAUUGGUGGAUGGCUUAGAACCCAAGACUGGGGAGACCAUGCUGGUGAAGUCCCGAUUUAGUGCGUUCUUUGCUACUAACUUGGAUCUCAUCCUUCGCCGACUAGGCAUUGCUACGGUUGUUGUCGCGGGGGUGCAGACUCCCAAUUGCAUUAGGGCGACAGCAUUUGAUGCUUUGGCGUUGGACUAUCCCAAGGUGAUGGUGUUGGCCGAUGCUACCGCGGCCGCAAGCCCCAAAGUUCACGAUGCAAAUCUCUUUGAUAUGCGAAAUGUGGGUAUAGGGACCCCAACGGUGGAUGAGUGGUCUUCACAAUAAUUUCUCGUGAGUUAUUAGAUUCAAUUCUCCAGCUACAUUUCCAUGGUACAUUCGCUUCUCUAUCACAACAAUAAAUCAAUAUACAACUCAUCAGAAGCAGCUGGUGUAGUUUCAACUUUGUUCUCACGGUACAGUAACUCUGGAUACAAAGAGGUUGUUUUUACAUAGCCUUCAGUUGGGAUACGAUCAAAUGCGUAUGGUUGUGAUUCGUGGACUUCAAAACCGUGUAAUAUUAUCAUUGUUGUUAUUUUCUCAUGCCU